CUCAAAGCACACGUAUUGGAGUUGAGAGAGAGAGAGAGAGAGAGAGAGAGAGAGAGAGAGAGAUGGGAGAGAACGGGGUAGAGCAAUGGGGAACAGUGACGGUAAUGGUGUUGACAAACGUGGCAAUGGGGUCAGUGAACGCACUGGUGAAGAAGGUACUUGACGGUGGGAUUAACCACAUGGUUGUUGCUGCGUAUAGGCUUGCCAUUUCUGCUCUCAUUUUGGCCCCCUUUGCUCAUUUUUGUGAAAGGAAAAUAAGACCAAAGCUUACAUUUAGGAUAUUGUGCGAACAUUUCAUCAGCGGUCUUCUCGGGGCAAGCCUUACACAGUUCUUCUUUUUACUUGGGCUUUCGUACACGUCAGCAACGGUUUCUUGCGCCAUAAUCAGCAUGUUGCCCGCCGUCACGUUUACGUUGGCCCUCAUUUUCAGGUCGGAAAUUUUGAAUCUGAAGAGCAAAGGAGGGUUGCUCAAGGUGCUGGGAACCCUAAUAAGCAUAAGCGGAGCACUCUUGCUGACGUUUUACAAAGGAGUAGCAAUAGCGAACCCUCACUCUCAAUCAGAGGGUUCCUCACAACAUCACGAUGUGAAGAUCAAGACGCAGACGUGGCUCGUGGGAUGCCUGUUUCUCCUCAUCGGAACCACGACGCUGUCGUUUUGGUUGCUUUUUCAAGCGAAGAUCAACAUUAAGUAUCCGUGCAAGUACUCAAGCACUUUCCUCAUGUCCGUUUUUGCCACUUUCCAAUGCGCUCUCUUGAGUUUGAUCAAAACCAGAGACGUCCAACAUUGGAUUAUCAAGGAUAAAUUCGUCAUUCUCGUCAUCGUCUAUUCCGGAGUGGUGGGUCAAGCCAUGUCGACAGUGGCGACGUCAUGGGGCAUAAAAAAGAGAGGACCUGUGUUCGCAUCAACCUUUUACCCGGUUAUGCUCAUCUCCGCCACCUUAUUCGAUUUCAUCGUCCUGCACCGUCACUUAUACCUCGGAAGUAUCCUCGGCUCGGCCGUCGCUAUAGCGGGUCUCUACGUGUUUCUUUGGGGAAAGAACAAAGAUGUCGAAGCUGUGUCCGCCGCUACGAAGCUGUCUUCGCAGAAUGAGAGCAACGAAAUUGCUAAGACCGUUCCCGACCAUAAUAACAACAGUGACGAUGAUACGAGAUUACCCGUUUAAUUGACACUGAAGAAGCAUGCAUGUAUUUUUCUCUGUUGUUUGACGUGAACAACAGAGUAUUCAUCACACGCUCUUAAUAAAUUUUGGAUCUUCUUUUAUAAAA